CCGCCGGGUGCGCGCACCAGCCGACCUCUUUUAAACACCCGGCUGCCUCCUGCUCGGUACAGCUGGAGACGCGUCCGAUCCUUUCCUGCGCCGCGCUCCCCUUGUCUGGUGGGGCUGAGCCGCUCCUCUCCCGCCAAAGAUGCCCCGUUAUGAGUUGGCUUUGAUCCUGAAAGCCAUGCAGAGGCCGGAGACAGCUGCAACACUGAGGCGCACAGUGGAAGCUUUGCUGGAAAGAGGAGCAGUGGUGAGGAAUUUGGAAAACUUGGGAGAAAGAAUGCUGCCAUAUAAGAUAGUAAAACAUGAUCAGCAUCACCUCAGAGGAGGGUAUUUUUUGGUAGACUUUGAUUCUGCUCCAACGAUUAUUACAAAUCUCGUGGACCAUUUAAAACGGGACAUUGAUAUAAUCAGAUCUAGUGUUUUAAGACAUCGUAUAAAGCAGACUGAAGAAUGUAUAGGCAUAAUUCCAGUCAAUUAUAUAGAAGAACUACAGAAGAAGAAAUAACCAAAAGUGAUACCAUAGUAAUAUUAUUACCAUUGAUUCAGACUUUAUCAUAAGCAUGUAGGAAAUAUGGUAUGAUGUUUCAACUAUUAUAGUUUAAUUUUUGGCUACUAUAAAGCCCAUAACCUCUACUCUUAUUUCUGUUAUUUUAAAAAUCAGAAAGCCUUUUCUCCCCUUUUAUUGCUUCUCUUAUUUAAAUCUGCUCUGCACCCAAAAGCUAAUCCUGAUAUUUUUUAGAACUUGUUUUCAAGUAAACAGUUUUAAGAGCAAUUUGUAUCCUUUAGAUAUGGCACUCGUAAAAACUGUAAAAUGUUAAAUGAAAUAGUUGAGAAUGCAAUGAAAUGUUCAAAAAUCAGUUUUAUAGACCAAUCUGCAUAGUCUGUUCUCUGGUAUAUUGCUUUCUCCAUUCAGCACAGCUAAAAUCAACA